AUCUUAUAUUAUAUCCACAAAAAUGCUAAGGUCGUUCAGAUUAGGACAUAGAAUCCGAACUUUUGGAAAGAGAUCUAUAUUCUCAACUGCAUCUUAUCAAAUGAAAGUUCUAGACGGAGAUGUGAACCUGCACUCUCCUAUAUUCAAGCAGAACUUAGAAGAGAUGAAGGCCAUCAAUGAUGAUCUUGAUGCCAAAGUGCACACUAUUCUUCAAGGAGGAGGGGAGAUCGCUCAGCAAAAGCUAGUAGAGAGAAAGAAGCUUAGAGUAAGAGACAGAAUUCAAGCCGUCAUUGAUCCAGGAGCUCCAUUCCUUGAGCUCAGUCAAUUCGCAGGAUAUGAGAUGUAUGGUAAAGAUCAUGUCCCAUCCGGAGGAGUUGUUACUGGAAUUGGUCUCAUUCAUGGCAGACAAUGUAUGAUUGUAGCAAAUGAUCCAACUGUGAAGGGAGGUACUUAUUAUCCCAUCACUGUUAAAAAGCAUCUUAGAGCUCAAGAAAUAGCCCAAGAGAAUAACUUGCCAUGCAUUUAUCUCGUUGAUUCAGGAGGUGCUAAUUUGCCAAGACAAGAUGAUGUUUUCCCAGAUAAAAAUCACUUUGGAAGAAUCUUCUUCAAUCAGGCUAGGAUGUCCUCAAUGGGUAUUCCACAGAUUGCCAUAGUGUUGGGAAGCUGUACAGCUGGAGGAGCCUACGUCCCAGCAAUGGCUGAUGAAAGUGUCAUUGUCCAUAAAAAUGGAACCAUUUUCCUUGGAGGGCCUCCAUUAGUCAAAGCUGCAACAGGAGAGGAAAUCAAUGCUGAAGAUCUUGGAGGAGCCACUGUACACUCAGAAAUGUCCGGUGUCACCGAUCAUUUCGCUGUAAACGAAAAACAUGCCCUCAAACUUGCAAGGGAUAUUGUUAGCAAUCUGGAGACAAAGUCUUAUUUGGAAGAGAAUAGCCAUGGGAGAAUUCAAAGUGAGGAACCUUUAUACGACCCUGAAGAAUUGAAUGGAAUUCUCACAACCAACUUCAAUAGACAAAAUGUUGAUGUCAAGAAGGUCCUCGCAAGAGUUUUGGAUGGAAGCAAGUUCCACGAAUUUAAAGAGAAGUUCGGAAAUACCCUAGUUACAGGAUUCGGAAGACUCUACGGAUACCAAGUUGGCAUUGUUGCUAACAAUGGCGUGUUGUUCAGCGAGAGUGCCCAGAAGGGAGCUCAUUUUGUGCAGCUAUGCUCCCAAAGAAACAUUCCUUUGCUCUUCGUACAGAACAUUACAGGAUUCAUGGUCGGAUCUAAAUAUGAAGCUGAAGGUAUUGCCAAGCAUGGAGCAAAACUCGUGAGUGCUGUAGCCUGUGCUAACGUUCCUAAAAUUACUACUAUCAUUGGAGGAUCCUUCGGAGCUGGAAAUUACGGAAUGUGAGGAAGAUCUUACUCUCCAAGAUUCAUGUACAUGCUUCCAACAGGAAGAAUCUCAGUCAUGGGAGGUGAGCAAGCAGCUGAAGUCCUCACUCUUGUAAAGAAAGAUGGUCUUGAGAGAAUUGGCAAAGAAUAUCCAGACGAGGUCAGAGACAAAGAAAAAGAGGCUAUCAAAUCAAAGUAUGAGAAGGAGGCUGAUGUCUAUUAUGCUUCUGCCAGACUUUGGGAUGACGGUGUUAUUAAGCCAUCAGAUAUGAGAAGAGUUUUGGGAAUGAGCCUUAUCGCCUCUCUUAAUUCCAAGAUUGAGGAUACUAAAGCAGGUGUAUUCAGGAUGUAAUUUUAGACAUAUCAACUCAAUAUUAUUUAA